UCUCCUGCGCGUCCGCUCCCACCGUAGCUAGGGACCGGUAGGGGAGCUGACCCCGGCGGUUUGCUCCGCUCUGUGGAGGAGAGAUGGGGAGGCGCUGGGCCUGGGCUGAGGUAGGAAGGAGCCCGCCCCUCGACGCCUCCCGCGACGCUAGCCCCUGAGCCGUGAUGCGAGCGUGGGUCCUACUCUCCGCGGUGCUCUGGUACCUCACUGGAGUUGGAUGGCAGCGUUCUUCUGAACGCACCGGGAAAGGCUUCAUUUAUGGCAGACCCGGACACCCAGUGAAAAUAUAUGUAAAAUUACAUCACAAUAGCCCAAUCCUUGCCUGUAUGGAUUUUAGACGUGCUAAAAAAGAAACAGUGGACCCCACCUACUUAUGGAUUGGGCCUAAUGAAAAGCCAUUAACAGUAAAUGAUCGAAUAAAUAUAACUAAAACAGGAAAGCUGAAGGUGAAAGAUUUUCUGGAGGCUUUGUCUGGACUUUACACGUGUACUCUUUCUUAUAAGACUGUCAGAGCAGAAACCCAAGAAGAAAGUAUAGUAAAGCAAAGAUAUGACUUUCUGAUCUUUGCCUAUCGGGAACCUGAUUAUUCAUAUCAGAUGGCUGUACGUUUUACCACAAAGUCUUGUGAAGGAAGAUAUAAUGACCUGCUUUUUAGAGUGCUGAAGAAAAUCUUGGAUAAUUUAAUCUCUGAUUUGUCAUGCCAUAUCAUAGAACCAUCAUAUAAAUGCCAUUUUGUUAAAAUUCCAAAACAUGGCCUCCUACAUGAGCUAUUUAUUGCUUUUCAAGUCAAUCCUUUUGCACCAGGGUGGAAAGGUGCAUGCAAGGAUUCUGUUGAUUGUGAAGAUACCACUAAUCAUAAUAUCCUCCAGGCAAGAGAUCGGAUAGAAGAAUUUUUCCGGAGCCAAGCAUACAUUUACUACCACGACUUUAAUAAAACUAUACCUGCUAUGCACUUUGUGGACCACAGUUUUCAAGUAGUUCGUUUGGAUAGCUGUCGUCCAGGCUUUGGAAAAAAUGAUGGUCUACACAGUAAUUGUGCUAGCUGUUGCGUGGUUUGUAGUCCUGGGACUUUUAGUCCUGAUGUUGAUGUUACUUGUCAGAACUGCGUUUCCGUCCGUAUUUAUGGAGCUAAAUCUUGUGCAUAAACUUCAAACAAAAAUUGUAAUAUGAAGACUAGAGGUGAAAGUGUGUUCCUUGCUUGUGGAGGUGGGGAACAUAAGAUAAUUUGUUCACAUCCCGGAGCAUCAAAGAUCCAUUAAGUAAGAUCAGUAAGACCAAAACAUUGGAAAACAUACAUUUUAGAAACUUUAAAAAAUAGUUGACUUGGCAUUUCUAAGAAGGAAUUUAAUAUCUCCAGUGUACAAAGGAAAGUAUUAGCGGAUGUUUUUCAAUGAAAUAUGUUUUGCUGUUUAGAAACUGAAUCUGUUGCUCUGUACUUAAGACUAUAUUAAGGUCAAGAAGAGUAGCAAAGGAUAACAUAAUAAAAAUUUUAUACUUUCUAUAUAUUAA